UGUGUUGGCAGGCGGGCGGCGCGGCCCCCUCGCCCGCCGCGGCUCCCCACCAUGCUGGACGGGCUGAAGAUGGAGGAGAGUUUGCAGAGCGCCCUGGACCCCGCGGCCCCCUUCUCCUCGCUGCUGGGCCGAGCCGCGACCCCCAAGUCGGUGUGCGAAGGCUGCCAGCGAGUCAUUUCGGACCGGUUCCUGCUGCGCCUGAACGACAGCCUCUGGCACGAGCAGUGCGUGCAGUGCGCGGCGUGCAAGGAGCCCCUGCACACCACCUGCUUCUACCGCGACAAGAAGCUCUACUGCAAGCUGGACUACGAGAAGCUCUUCGCGGUGAAGUGCACCGGGUGCCUGGAGGCCAUCGCGCCCAGCGAGCUGGUGAUGCGGGCGCAGAAGAGCGUCUACCACCUGGGCUGCUUCUGCUGCUGCGUCUGCGAGCGGCGCCUGCAGAAGGGCGACGAGUUUGUGCUGAAGGAAGGGCAGCUCCUCUGUAAGGGCGACUACGAGAAGGAGCGGGAGCUGCUGAGCUUGGUGAGCCCGGCUCUGUCGGAUUCUGGCAAAAGCGACGACGAAGACAGUGUCUGCAAAAUGGGCCAAGCCUCAGGGAAGGGUACCGAGGAUGGGAAGGACCACAAGCGGCCCAAGCGGCCCCGCACGAUCCUGACCACUCAGCAGCGGAGGGCCUUCAAGGCGUCAUUUGAGGUCUCCUCCAAGCCGUGUAGGAAGGUGCGGGAGACGCUGGCAGCCGAGACGGGGCUGAGCGUCCGCGUGGUGCAGGUCUGGUUCCAGAAUCAGCGAGCGAAGAUGAAGAAACUGGCCAGGAGGCAGCAGCAGCAGCAGCAGGAUCAGCAAAACACACAGCGCCUGAGCUCAGCCCAGCCCAAUGGAGGUGGCAGUGCCGGGCUGGAGGGGAUCAUGAACCCGUACACCUCGCUGCCGCCGCCGCAGCAGCUCCUGGGCAUGGAGCAGAGCGUCUACAGCUCCGACCCUUUCCGGCAAGGGCUCACCCCGCCGCAGAUGCCCGGAGACCACAUGCACCCCUACGGUGCUGAGCCCCUCUUUCAUGACUUGGACAGCGAUGAUACCUCACUUAGCAACCUGGGCGACUGCUUCCUCGCAACGGCGGACGCGGGGCCCCUCCAGUCGCGGGUGGGGAAUCCCAUCGACCACCUUUACUCCAUGCAGAGCUCCUAUUUCACGUCCUGAGCGUUGCCUCCUGCCGCAGGGCAGGCGCGGACACACGUGUCUGUCGCUUUACCUGGUGAGCGGCUGCCGAGGCCGCAGGCAAGAGGGGUUUGGGAGGGAGGGGGAGUCGACACUGCUGGGAUGCUGUCAAACAAUAUUUUGUAGCUUGGUAUUCCCAAGGACUGAAUAACUUAUGGGUUGCAUAGUUUCAUGUUUCUCUUAGACUCCUAGGAUUAGAGACAGGAGCGUUCAUUGCAGCUGGCUGGUGGGUUUUCAAAUUUCAGACGUGGCCCCCAAUUUCUAAUUUUGGCAUGGGGAAAGGUAGGGAGAGGGAAACUAGCCACAGGGGGGAAAAAUGUUCCUGCGAGACCGUCCUGGCACUGUAUCUCCUCCAUGCGACCUUUGGUCCUAACAGCAGAAAGAGCAAAUUGUUCAUCUUUGUCGUGGGAGUUUGCAGUGUCAGCCUGGCUUUGAAAUUUGAAAAGCUGACAACAGUUUGAGGAAACACAGGGAAAAUUUUCUGUGCAGUGCUGUCUGCUGUGGCUUUUUCCCUCUGUUGCUCUACUGGCAUGAGCGCUCGCUGUUUAAACACAGGGACUUUUAAGAUAGAUGUUCCCAUGCGAAUAUAGAAAUGUAGAAACCCCUAACAUCUCCCCGUCCGUGAGGCUGGGGCUGUGUGUGUGUAUGUGUGUGUGUGGGCACGCACGUGUGUGUGUGUGUGCAGAGCCGUGUGGCUGUGUGUGAUAUACUGCACAGGCACACCUGCCAGAUUGUAUCAACAAAGUUUAUUUCUAAGUCUAUCAGAAAUUUACUGUACAGCAAAAGUAACUUUAUUUUCAGCGUGAACCAUAUUUAAGGAAAUACUCAAUGCACUUAAGUUAUAAGAUGAAAUAAUUUACUUUUUAUAAACGUUAUGUUUAGGUUGCAAAAGCCCAGUGGCAGGCAAGGAACAUCAGUUCAUUUCAGGCAAUAGGUUCGGGUUUGGGGGUUGGUUAUUUUUGGUGCUCUCAGGUUGCCCCGCUGGUUUUAAAGGGCAGUUGAAAUGCCAGGCAGGGCCAGCUCCAGGCGCGGGCCAAGGAGCCUGUUGCCUCUGUCAGCAGGUCGAUGGGGACAGCAAAACUGAACGGUUGUCUGGGCUCUAGGAAAUGCAGGAGCCCCUAUUGCCCGCCUCGGGCUGAGAAUCCCUUUGGGUGGAGGCUCAGCAGUGCCCGGCACCUGCAGCCAGCCUGGCAGCCCAGUUCAUCUCCCAGGGGUCUUUGGGACAAAGCUGGUGGUGAAAAGGAGAGGACACCUGCAUUUCCUACCCACAUGCUCAGAUUCAUCUCUGCAGAAGCCAUGGGAACCUCGGGAAAGUUUUCCUUAGAGUCAAGCCUUCAGCUGACCAUCACCUCAUCCCUACUCUAGUUUUCAUGCGUUGUGUCCUUUUGCGCUGCUGUUCACAAUUUAUGUAAACAACCUGUAAAGACAUGCAAGUGACUGUGAGACUCAAAAUACUGGCUCAUCGCCACAGUAUGAGCUGACACUGAAUGUAAUGGGGUCUGGAGGUGGCUGACCCAGCAGGAGAUGCUGACACACUGUCAGAAAUCGCAUACCAAGAUAAAAUUAAAAAAAAAAAAACACACAAA